CACAACAAUGAUAGCCGUAUCAAAUACAUCACCAUCCAUGUCUUUUUCAGCCACCAUCAAACAUGGGAAUAUAUUUCCUCUGCCCAGCAGUGUAUACCAAACUUUGUAUCAGACUUGACAAGAAAAACGAGAAAUGUAGCGUUUGUAAUCAUAAAAUAAGCAACGAGAUAUCAUGGCAACGGUAAAUACAGGACCCCAGAGGACAACAAGGCCAUUGGGGUGUUGUCACGUUGCAGUCGCUGUAAACACAAUAUCGUUGAGGACGCUGCCGUUAGUGACCUGCAUGAAGGGGAGAUGGCGGGAGUGGUGUAUGCAUGGCGGCGACUAGUCAUCAUACAGAGGAUACAAGUAUGAAAGUGUCACCCAUGAAAACCACAGUAGUGUGUCUGUCCCUCUUCUUCUGCUGCAAUCUUUACUUUCUUUAUUCGUUUUCCAAGACGAACAGAGCGAAACGAGAAAUCACCACAGAUAUUGUUGAAGGCAUCGCCAACGAAAUUAUUAAAUUUGUAGCUAGAAAUAUCACAGGAAGCAGCAAAAAGAAGAGCUUUGACUGUUUACUCGGAAGAAAACAUUCUGGGAUCUACCCUUUGACAUCACAGCAUGCUAAUGGUGAUAAGGAAUCACCAGAGACGAAUGCAAAGGUUUUAUUUUAUGAUCGAUUAUCACUGAAAGAAAAAGUAGAAUUCAAAGACCUCAUUAAAACUUUCAGUAAAGGCGUGCCUUCAAACAUCACCUACUUUCUCUAUGCAGGAGCUUUACUCGGUUCCUACUCUCAUCAUGGCAUGAUUCCCUGGGAUGAUGAUAUGGACAUUAUUGUCAGGGAAAAAGACAAACCUUUAUUGCUGAAAUUCCUGCAGUCCCUCAGGCCAAAAUAUGAACAUCACACCAGCUGGAAGGUAAACUGGAAAUUUUACCACAAAAAGUCUCCAAAGGCUGGUGAUAAGCAUUGGAAUUGGCCCUUCCUCGAUAUAUUCUUUUAUUCUGAACAUCCUUCAUUCAUCCGAGAUUGUAGAGCCACAAAAAAGCAAUUCAACAAGAGUGAUGUGUUUCCUUUGAUCCAACGGCCCUUCAUGGGGAUGAUGCUGCCAGCUCCAAGGAACACCCGUAAGGUUCUGGAUUUGACUUACAAUAUCGAUCUAUGUGUGUCGAAUUCAUAUGAUCACAGACUGGAAAAAAAUGUGCCAUCGAAAUGUGUAGUGAAACUCCCGUGUCACCUGUUAAAAGACCAGUUUCCCUUUGUAACCCGAAAGGAAUCAAAUAACAAAUCUAUUGAAGUAGUGGAUGAUAUCAUAUCCUGCAACCAAAGCGUAUAUGAAACAACAAAUGCAUUUUAAGUGUCGAUGAAGACAGCCAGACAUCUAAGUGUACAUAAUACACAAUAAUUGACGUCUUCAAGUGACUUUUAGAAGUUGAUAUGAUGAAUAAGGGAGAUAGUGCUACGGAUAUACACAAACAGCUUUAUUGCAAUGAAUGCUAUUAAUUCAUUGAAUUUCUUAAAAGGAAAUACACAAUGCAACAAGGCAAUUUGUGUCAGGCAGGUAUGUUAUUUUAACAGUCUGAAACAUAAUUAUUUUUUUCAAUACAUGUAAAGAAUCGAGUGUGCAUGUUAUGUGUGUAUUUUUGUGGCACUUGCACAGAUGUACCAUUGGCACUUGAGUGGGAUGCUGUAUGCGAUGCAAAUAUCAUCUUCCGAUCUCUAUUAAUUACAUCCAUGUACUGACUGGACAAGUCCCACACUUUAAAUGGCUAUUUAAAGUUAAAUAGUUUUCUACAGACGUCAUGGGAGCUGGUAAUAUCGAUAUAAAUUAGUAUUUUAAUUACUUUUAUGGGCAUGAAAACAGACAACUAUAGGGAAAUGAAUGAAACUGAAUAGUUGGCACUUUCGUGACAUUGAAUAGUUUCAUUUUAAACAUAUGAUUUUGCACAGUUUUACAUAUAUUUUCAGAAUCAGAACUAGGACACGCCGCAUUGUUAUUCAGUGCUAAACUCAACAGAGUUUCCACAAUAUAAAUUGCUGAGAUGUAUUUCAGGUUGAAUUGUUUUCUAUCAAAAUAAUAACAGCCGUUUCAUUCUAAAUCUAAAAAUAAAUUCUUUACCUAGUACAUUGAACUAUGAAUAAAGUAAUGAUAACAAUUUUAACAGCAGCUGGCUGGGUCAUAUUCCGUCAAUGUAUAAAUAAUCAUUAUUUAGGUCCGCAUCACCAUGAUUUGACUCUUAUAUAUUUACUUUAUUGUGCUUUCGUCCAGAAGGUGACGGUCGGUAUCAACCGUGGUUAUUACUCAUCGAUCACAAUAUACCUGUCAGACUAUUCCCCCAUGAGGGGUUAGGUCAACACAGCAGCAUUCCCUUUGGCUAUGGUUGCGGACGUACAUAAGAAUGCCCAAUUAAUCAAUAGUUUCUUUACUGAAUUUUCAUAUAUUGUGGAAUAUCGAAUACACCCGAAAUCCAUUAUGUAAACAUAUGUAUAAAGCUGUAUGACAGAAUCCGUUUCAAGAUUACUGAAUGUCGGCGGUCAGCGUAUCAUUAAUGACGGAUGGCUUAACGUUCCUUCUAUAGUUUAGGACUUAAAGGAUUCACUCAUGUCCUGUCUGGUUAUGAGUUAUUGGAAUAUCACAGUAGGUGGAGAUAAUGUGCCUGUUGGUAUUGGCAUUUGUCUGUUUGAAGUAGCUAUUAGGCUCUCGUACAUGUACAAAGUUUCAACUAAUUUUGAGUUCAUGAAUUCAUAGAUUCCGCAAAUUGUUUUAGCACUAUAUAGCUACUGUUCAUGUCAAAGCUAAUGUAAUCAGGAUUAAGAAGCUGUAAGUUGUCUCGCGAUAACCGCGGUUUGUGUACUAGUACAGUAUAUGCCCUGUUCAAAAUAAGAAUAUAUACCGACACCCGUCACUCACACAUUUUCCAUAAAAAGGCAAGUGUUUAAUUUGUUUGUUGCCUAAUACACUUCAGUAUUCCCGCCAAUGCGACGGCCGCAUGUAAACUAUCGAGUCUUGACCAAACAAUCCUUGGACACGAUAGUAUGGCAAGCCGUUUUCACAUUUAUUACGGAAUUAGAGAUAUCUUCAAAUGUUUUAAAGAUAUUGGUAUUUUAUUUUAAGAUGUCUAUAAUGUUUUAAGAUAUGAAAAAAUAAUUAAAGAUAUCUUAAAUUCAUUUCUGAUAUCCAUUAUACAGUUACUGAUAUCUUAAAAUGUUACGGUGAUAUCAACAAAUUAGUUUGUGAUAUCUCUAAAUGUAUGUAAGAUAUCAUUAAACAAUUACAAUCCUACUGUACAUAAAUAUAUUAGAAAUAAAUUCCAGAUAUCUUAAGUUAUACAUAUCCACAAAUGCAUUACAGAUAUCAUUAAUUCGUUUAAGAUAUAUUUAAUUCAAUUACAGAUAUCUUUAAUUCAAUUCAAGAUAUCUUUAAAUAAAUUCAAGAUAUCAUUAAUUCUGACCGUUACUGAUAUAAAAAAUCCAAUUAUAGAUAUCAGUUACCUAAUUUAAGUAACAAUAUUAAAGUAACGUCUAAUGGCAACAAUUGAAGAUAUCAAUAAUUAAUUAAUUCAACUGUAUUUAGUUUCAAGAUAUCUGAAAUUGAAUUACUGACAUCAUAAAAAACACUACAUUUUGAUAUCUUUAAAUCAUAUUUUGAUAUCAAUAAUUGAAUUUAAGAUAUCAGCAAUUCUUUUCAAGAAAUCAGUAAUACGCUUCACCAUAUCCUUAAUUCAUUUGGUGAUAUCUUAAAUUUUAUUGUAGAUAUCUACAAUUAUCUGUAUUUAAGAUAUCUUCAAUUCCAUUCACGAUAUCUUCAGUUCAAUUGAAGAUAUCUUCAAUUCAGGAUAUCUUUAAAACAAUUGAAGAUAUCUGUAAUUCCGUAAUACAUGUGAAAACGGCUUGCCAUACGAUACCGCAUUUACUGAUUAAGUUGAACCGAAAACCAAUAAAAGUAAUUUCUCUACAUAUAUGAUAUUCAAUAACAAUAAAUAUGUCAUGUACGUGUACCAAGAAAUGAACUGGAUUCAUGUUUUGGUAAUGCCAGUUUUAUAUUUUCUAUCACAACGGUGACAAGUAAACAUUGUGCAUGGUCGUUAUGUGUUAUUAUGCUAUGUACACGCGCCUUAGGGUGUAUUGCUCUCGCUGACAAUAAAUGAUUGAAAACUUGAAUUUUAUUCAAACACAAAAGUACAUCAAGUAAUGUUCUUCUGUCACCUUGUGUUUUUUAAGCUCAAUACGCAAGACUUAUUUCUUUUCUUUGAAACUUUUAAGUUUACUGACCAAGGGGUUUUCUAAUGAUUUGUUAAUGAGUUAACAGAUGUACAUCGUUGGAGGGGGAAAGGCAAUUUGAGAUUUGACGUUCUGUCACGCGUCGUAAAACCAGUCUAGUCACGGUCUAGUGAUCUCUCCGCUUCCCACUCUCUUAAUUGUCCAACCUCCGUCAACAUUCGGCAAAGUGCGACGGUAGUCGUCCUCCAGUGUCUUUACGUCCAUUGUUAGAGAAUUGGUGACCCAUAAAUCUUUUUCUCUGGCGGUUUAAUCGCACAUUUUUAAUAUGUAUUGAUUUGAUAUAUGUUAUCUUAUAUAUGUUUGCUUACUUAGAUAUAUCUCAUGUAUUUAUAAGCAUUUUUGCCACCUCAAUAAUUGUACAUAUCUGGUUGUAAAUCUUUAGUGGUAACCUUGGAUACCUUUUGUUCAGAGCUUUAGUUUGGUACCUACAUCUUCCGUAUUGCUUAAAUAUUUAGUUUGCUAUUCGGGUUUUCCCUGUGUAUUUUCACGGCUGACCGGGAUAGGAUGCCCUCUCAGAGGUCCACGCACUCGUAUAUAACCCUUGGCGAAUCAUGUGUCCUUAUCUUCAGGGACAGCUAGACCGUUUACUGGAUGGUCAUUCGAAACGCAGGUUUCGUUCUUAAGUAAUUACGGAGCAGUUUUAAUCUUGUACUGACUUACUCUGAUUGUAUUGAAUUGAGGUAAACUUAUUAGCUAGGGGUUUUCCGUUAACUCCGUUUUUCCUCUGAUUCGUGGAUAACCAAUUUUCCCGUGAUUGCCUAACUUCAAAUACCUAUUUACGAUAUGGAGUCUUGAGAUACUCCCAAGGUCAAAUACCUUGUAUUUUGGGGAAGGAUUUUCUUGCCCAGUCAAAGUGACUGAGUCUUCAGUCUAGAAGACUAUUUUGCCAUUCAGGCGUUUUUUCGUCUAUUUAACUGUCCAAGAAACUUAUUUAAGGGACAGGCCUCUGUGUUUCUUUCUUAACCUGCCAAGGUUAAUUACUCAUUUGAGUGUCGAGUGAAAUCUCAGGUGUCUGUUGGCGGCCGACUUAAUUGUCAAUUAUCAUGUCAAAGUGUUGAUUUAGCUACUCACAUUUUAUUAUUGUUAUGCAGUUGCUUAGCUAAAUAAAUCAACUUUAUAUUUUUUCUGGUUUAAUCCAUUAGUGAUCGUUGUGAGUGUAAAUUGUUUUUUAUCCUUUUUAUUUUCAUCUGUACUUACAACUAGCUGAUAAUAAUAAACAUGUUACACCUAUUACCACGUUUUCAUUAUCA